GUAGUGCUCACACUGCACAAAACAAUCAGGACAGUGUCGAUGUGACUGACUUCACUGACUACACUCUGCCGUACAACCAUUGGGUGUUCGUGUCUGUCACGAUGCAACCAGCGACCGCGCAAUCCGGCGUCAGUCGCAUGUUGUACCACAAGAAACCCGAGGCAAAUCUAUUUAUAGACGGAGUACUCCGGCAGACUAUCCAACUCCCCCACGACACGCGUGCGAAUAAACUGCACAACAUGCGCGUCACACACCUGAUGCACCUGCGCCCAAUCAUGCGCAGUCUCGUCGCCACGGCCAAUCAGAGUGCGCAGGAGCGGCAUUAUAAAUAUAAACGCAAUCUGAUUGGUCGAGACGUGGACGUGGACGCGGGUGGGGUCGACUGUCGGGAAGUGAUCGUAUGUGUACCGGAAUGGGGCGUGAAUGGGUUGGGUGGUGUGUUGGGUGCCAGCACCACCACGGCUAUGGCUGGGAGUGUUUAUUCGUCGACUUUUG